GCGUGACGAGAUCUCGUCGGUUGUUGUUUCAGGCAUAAUUAAUCCCACGAACAUCAUGCCGCGGCCAAGAGUAUGCGUAAUCAAUAAUCGGGCGUUCUUCGUGUUCGGCUCUCUGAUCGCCUUCUACAUCCCUAUGAUUGUCAUGGUGACGACUUAUAUCCUGACACUGCAGCUGUUGCGCAAAAAGGCCCGUUUCGUGGCCGAGAACGCGGAGGGCGAUCAGUUUCGCCGGCUAGGCGGCAGAUAUUCGUCCACAAAAACGACAUCGUCGAGAGCGUCGUCGUUUAACACGGCCACCGCAACCACUGCCGUGCGAUCGUCCUCAGCAUCCUCGGCAAGACAGCACUUCGGCUGUAACGCGGAAAAAGAAAACCACAAAUGCGAAGGUGCGAGAAAGGUCCUACCGCAUUUGAAGUUAGCGGUGGACGGCGCCGGGAGUCCCGCCGCAGGACCUCGGCUCAAGUUGAAAGUGGAUCAGACGACCCAAACGCCGGAGAACAUCGCGCGUGAAACACGGAAUUUUACCCUCAGGGCCCUGAAACUGCAACUGAAUGUCACGCCGACCACGCUGAAUCUCAAGUUUCUGGCGGGCCGGGCAAAAAAGAGAGCCUUGGUCGCGAAUGCGGUCGCGACCGAGGAGAAAGCCAGCAAGGUCCUAGGAUUGGUGUUCUGCACGUUCGUGCUGUGCUGGUCACCGUUCUUCCUGCUGAACAUCUUCAUCGCCGCGUGUCCCAGAUGUCCCGUGUCGAGGCACAUGAUGGAUACGUUUCUUUGGCUGGGCUACGUGUCCUCGACGAUUAACCCAAUUAUCUAUACUAUUUUUAACCGGACCUUCCGAACCGCGUUCAUUCGCUUAUUGAAGUGCAAGUGUUCGAGGUCCACGAGGCCUUCGAGAUAUCGAUCGGUCACGGGAAGCGGAAGGGGAGCAGUAGGCACAUCAGGUGCUCUUCCACUGACCAUCAGUCUUCAAGGUACACCCUUGCUAACCCCAACUUCGAAUCCGACACCGACGCCGGCGUCGGGAAGCUCGUUCGUCACGAUGAUGCACCGAACGCCGAAUUCGCUGUACCAAGACACCUUCUUGAUUCGUGAACGCGAUCAGAACGAUCAUGACAUCUACAUCGAUAAUUUAGUAGAUCACGCUGUGCAACACGAUUUUUACCCUCUCGGCGAAAACAGGUAAUCUUAAUUGAAAAAAAUCUCAAUGUACAUAGAAUGUAAAUACAAUUUAUUCUAUAAAUAAUCACGAUACUGUUUGUUACUUGAAAACUAGGUAUAUGCGCGAUAUUAUGGUACGCAGAUUCAGAUUCUGCUUCCUUAUGUCGAUUACAGCCACUUAAUUAAUUAAGUUUUAUGAUUAAGAUCAACCCAAAAGAUGGAAGAUAGAAAGGACCUUAAAGUUUGUUAUGCGCCGCAGUGUUAUCGAUCAAGAAGAUCCGCAAAAUAAUGUUUUGUUAGCGAGUUCCUAAAGUUGCUUAAUGACUAUCUAUUGUCGAAAUUGAAGUAAUAUCUAUGUACGAAACAAAAUAAAACAAUAUUGCUAUUUUA